AUGACGAUCCCCGGGAUCAGGAGCGGACCGGUCACCUCUGCUAAGGCGCGGGAACCUGUCAAUCCUACUGAGGCGUGGGAACCUGUCGAUCCUACUGAGGCGUGGGAACCUGUCGAUCCUACUGAGGCGUGGGAACCUGUCGAUCCUACUGAGGCGUGGGAACCUGUCGAUCCUACUGAGGCGUGGGAACCUGUCGAUCCUACUGAGGCGUGGGAACCUGUCGAUCCUACUGAGGCGUGGGAACCUGUGGAUCCUACUGAGGCGUGGGAACCUGUCGAUCCUACUGAGGCGUGGGAACCUGUCGAUCCUACUGAGGCGUGGGAGCCUGUCGAUCCUACUGAGGCGUGGGAACCUGUCGAUCCUACUGAGGCGUGGGAGCCUGUCGAUCCUACUGAGGCGUGGGAACCUGUCGAUCCUACUGAGGCGUGGGAGCCUGUGGAUCCUACUGAGGCGUGGGAACCUGUCGAUCCUACUGAGGCGUGGGAACCUGUCGAUCCUACUGAGGUGUGGGAGCCUGUCGAUCCUAUUGAGGCGUGGGAACCUGUCGAUCCUACUGAGGCGUGGGAACCUGUCGAUCCUACUGAGGCGUGGGAACCUGUCGAUCCUACUGAGGCGUGGGAGCCUGUCGAUCCUACUGAGGCGUGGGAACCUGUCGAUCCUACUGAGGCGUGGGAGCCUGUCGAUCCUACUGAGGCGUGGGAACCUGUCGAUCCUACUGAGGCGUGGGAGCCUGUUGAUCCUACUGAGGCGUGGGAACCUGUCCCUAUACACUGCACUACCUUAGACCAGGGUAGAGAUCGGCUUUCCCAUGACACCCUAUUCCCUAUGUGA